CUGUGUAAUAUUCCAGCGGUCAACCAGAUCUGUACUCAGACCCCCGACACAACAGAUAGAGUCAGGACGCAAGCACUUCAGGGACACAACUACCGCAGAUCUCGACUUGCUCAAGGGCUCGUGAAGAAAAACAAUGGAAAUGAUCUGCCUCAAGGUGCCAACAUAAGGAGACUGCAAUACCAGUGUGACCUGGAAUCCUCUGCUAGAGAAUCGGCUAUGAGAUGUAACACUUCACCGUGGCCUUCGCUUCCAUCUGGCGUACAGGAGAACAUUAUGGUAUUCUCAAAAAGCCGAGCUAGAUACCGCAAGGAUGCAAUUCUAGUGGCCAUUAAACAUUGGUGGAGUCAAAUUCGUAAAGUCAAUGGUCCUGGACGAAGGGUCAUGUUCAGAAGCGCGUUCCAAGGCUCAAAUAUCUCCUGGUUCACUAGAGUAAGCCUUUAUUCUCACAGAGCAUGA